CGAAACUGCCGGAGAAAGGGCGGACCCACAGAGCACUUCAUCCUCUACCCCUCACUGCUGGUUUUGCUCCGCACCAUGAACCACACUUCUCAAGCCUUCGUGACUGCCGCCAAUGGAGGACAUCCCCCAAACUACGAAAGAAUUAAGGAAGAAUAUGAGGUGGCUGAGCUGGGACCAGCACCCCAUGGCUCAACUUCUGUCAGAACCACCGUGAUCAACAUGCCCAGAGAGGUCGCUGUGCCUGACCAUGUGGUCUGGUCCCUCUUCAACACACUCUUCUUGAACUUUUGCUGCCUGGGUUUCAUUGCCUAUGCCUACUCUGUGAAGUCUAGGGACAGGAAGAUGGUGGGUGACGUGACUGGAGCCCAGGCCUACGCCUCCACUGCCAAGUGCCUCAACAUCAGCGCCCUGGUCCUCAGCAUCCUCACGGUUGUUAUUACCAUCGUGGCCGUCCUCUGCAUUGUUUUUUCUGCUAGUCGUCUCUACACUUAACAGAGGAUUCUGGCCUUUGGUCCUGACAUUUACUCCACCAUCCAUAACUACCUUCCUCCUGGCCCCUUUACCCCUCGCCAUAUGCAGAUGUAACACUCACACACCUGUCCACAGUGGAUUCAAUAAAGUGCACAUGGUAACCAC